UAACUAAAAGCACCUACGUAUUGCUUUUAUGAAUUCCUUGAAGACUUGCCUUCCAUUCUUCUUGCACUAACUCGUCUACUGCUCGAAUGGGUUUAGAUUCUGUUUCUCUCUCUGUUCUCUCUAACACUCGCUUAGCAUGGCAGUGAUACCUUCGUACUUUUGUCUCUUGUUUUAAGUUGGCUGGACUGACAGCAGCACAAUUGAACAAUACACCCAAGGCAGAAAGAGAAUAUGUAUUAUUCAAUCGCAUAGAGAAGGUUGGCAGUCAAUCGAUGACACAACUUUUGGGCCAAUUGGGUAGACUGCAUGGCUUCCAGACCUAUCGCAAUGAGAUACCACCCGUAAAAAAACCAUUAAAGACCUUUGAGGAGGAGGCCGAAGAGGCUGCCGAUCUCAUGGAUCUAUCCGAUCCCGGUGCCUAUGUGGAGCAUACAAACUGGAUCAAUUUCACGGCACACGAUUUGCCCAAACCGAUUUAUAUAAAUCUGGUGCGACAUCCCAUACAGAAGGUGAUGAGUGCCUAUUACUAUCAACGCCAUCCGGUGAUCUAUGCCAAUUCGUUGUUGCGUAAUCCUAACAAACCCAAACAGGAUAAGGAAUAUUUCGAUACGAGCUUCAAUGAUUGCGUGCGACAAAGAACGAGUCCCGAUUGCAUCUUUGAUCCGCACUCCAAGUACAAUAGUGAUUGGCGACGCUUCGCCUUGCGUUUGUGUGGCAAUCAGCCAGUUUGUCUGAAUUUGAAUUCAGAGUUUGCCACACAGAUAGCCAAGGAGCAUGUGGAAAGGGAAUAUGCCGUCGUUGGCAGCUGGGAAGAUACGAAUAUUACGUUGGCCGUGCUUGAAGCAUAUAUACCACGAUUCUUUGCCAAGGCCACAGAACUCUACUACUCUAAGCAGGACGAGUUUAUGAAGAAUGCAACGCCGCAUGAUAAGCAUCUGGACGAGGAUGUGGAGACAUAUAUGAAGCAACAUUUUGCCUAUGAAAUUGAAUUGUACAACUUUUGUAAGCAGCGCCUCUAUAAGCAGUAUAUAGCCAUCAGAAAGACUGAAUUCGAACAAGAAUCUGUAGCCAAUAAUCAGACCUAAAUACAGAAUAUUAUUUUCAUGUACAUAUACAAAUUUGCAAGCAACGUGUGUGUGUGUCUUUCUUUUCUACUUUCGCUACUAAUCUCAAGUUGGGUUUAUGGUUAAGCAUCAAUCAGUGCAGUGCUAUCAACGGCUCCCCUUCCCCUCGCAUU